GCAGGAGAGCCCGGGGCUUCGGCAGGCAGAGCAGGCCUCUCCCCUCCGUCCUCGUCGUCCUCGUCGUCGUCCUCCUCCUCCUCCUCCGUGGUGGUAGUAGUGGGACUCCCCCCGGCUGCUGCCCCUUCCGCUGCCGUCCCCCACCGAAGUAGCGGCCACAGUCUGGUCAGCGGCAGCAUCAUGCAGGCCAACGGGGCAGGAGGAGGAGGAGGAGGUAGUGGCGGCGGAGGAGGAGGGGGCGGCGGGGGCCAGGGACAGACCCAGGAACUCGCCUGUCUGUCGGCCCAGAACGGAGAGUCAUCCCCCUCGUCGUCGACCUCCGCGGGGGACCUGGCCCACGCCAAUGGGCUCCUGCCUUCCGCCCCCUCCGCCGCCAGCAACAAUAGCAACAGCCUGAAUGUCAAUAACGGGGUCCCCGGCGGGGCGGCCGCCGCAGCCUCCGCCACCGUCGCAGCUGCCUCCGCCACUACCGCCGCCUCCUCUUCAUUGGCCACCCCAGAACUGGGCAGCAGCCUCAAGAAGAAGAAGCGGCUCUCCCAGUCAGAUGAGGAUGUGAUUAGGCUAAUAGGACAGCACUUGAAUGGCUUAGGGCUCAACCAGACUGUUGAUCUCCUCAUGCAAGAGUCAGGAUGUCGUUUAGAACAUCCUUCUGCUACCAAAUUCCGAAAUCAUGUCAUGGAAGGAGACUGGGAUAAGGCAGAAAAUGACCUGAAUGAACUAAAGCCUUUAGUGCAUUCUCCUCAUGCUAUUGUGGUAAGAGGCGCACUUGAAAUCUCUCAAACGUUGUUGGGAAUAAUUGUGAGGAUGAAGUUUUUGCUGCUGCAGCAGAAGUACCUGGAAUACCUGGAGGACGGCAAGGUCCUGGAGGCACUUCAAGUUCUGCGCUGUGAAUUGACGCCACUGAAAUACAAUACUGAGCGCAUUCAUGUUCUUAGUGGGUAUCUGAUGUGCAGCCAUGCAGAAGACCUACGGGCAAAAGCAGAAUGGGAAGGCAAAGGGACAGCCUCCAGAUCCAAACUAUUGGACAAACUUCAGACCUAUUUACCACCAUCAGUGAUGCUUCCUCCACGGCGUUUACAGACUCUCCUGCGGCAGGCGGUGGAGCUGCAAAGGGACCGGUGCCUAUACCACAAUACCAAACUUGAUAAUAACCUAGAUUCUGUGUCUCUGCUUAUAGAUCAUGUUUGUAGUAGGAGACAGUUUCCCUGUUAUACUCAGCAGAUACUUACAGAGCAUUGUAAUGAAGUGUGGUUUUGUAAAUUCUCUAACGAUGGAACUAAACUAGCAACAGGAUCAAAAGACACAACAGUUAUCAUAUGGCAAGUUGAUCCGGAUACACACCUGUUAAAACUGCUUAAAACAUUAGAAGGACAUGCUUACGGUGUUUCUUAUAUUGCAUGGAGUCCAGAUGACAACUAUCUUGUUGCUUGUGGCCCAGAUGACUGCUCUGAGCUUUGGCUUUGGAAUGUACAAACGGGAGAGCUAAGGACAAAAAUGAGCCAGUCGCAUGAAGACAGUUUAACAAGUGUGGCUUGGAAUCCAGAUGGGAAACGCUUUGUAACUGGAGGUCAGCGUGGGCAGUUCUAUCAGUGUGAUUUAGAUGGUAAUCUUCUUGACUCCUGGGAAGGGGUGAGAGUGCAAUGCCUUUGGUGCUUGAGUGACGGGAAGACUGUUCUGGCGUCAGACACACACCAGCGAAUUCGGGGCUAUAACUUCGAGGACCUUACAGAUAGGAACAUAGUACAAGAAGAUCAUCCUAUUAUGUCUUUUACUAUUUCAAAAAAUGGCCGAUUAGCUUUGUUAAAUGUAGCAACUCAGGGAGUUCAUUUAUGGGACUUGCAAGACAGAGUUUUAGUAAGAAAAUAUCAAGGUGUUACGCAAGGGUUUUAUACAAUUCAUUCGUGUUUUGGAGGCCAUAAUGAAGACUUCAUCGCUAGUGGCAGUGAAGAUCACAAGGUUUACAUCUGGCACAAACGUAGUGAGCUGCCGAUCGCAGAAUUGACAGGGCACACACGGACAGUAAACUGUGUGAGCUGGAACCCACAGAUUCCAUCCAUGAUGGCCAGCGCCUCAGAUGAUGGUACUGUUAGAAUAUGGGGACCAGCACCUUUUAUAGACCACCAGAAUAUUGAAGAGGAAUGCAGUAGCAUGGAUAGUUGAUGGCGAAUUUGGAGCAGACGACUUCUGUUUAACUUAAAAUUAGUCGUAUUUUAAUGGCUUGGGAUUUGGUGCAAACAAACAUGAUUGAUAUAGCUGGAUGGACAUGCUCGUCAUGAAAAAGAACCAUUUCUGAAGCCCGAUUGGGGCCAAACAUUUACACCUUGCUUCAUAGUAACCAGUUGAGAUGAAGCACAUCGUUAGAACGUUGUUGGACACCAUGUUGAAUUAUCCCCCAUCGGUUGUGAAGAACUGUGCUACAUUCAGGCUUACCCAUUGAACUCAGUAUAUAUAUUUUUUUCCCUUCUGCCUUUUGUCUGGCAGGAUACCAUUCUUGUUGCUCUUCUGUGUAAUGAAGUUUAAAUGCUUGUUUGGAAAACUUUAUUUAACUGUUUAGAAGGCUUGAUAGAAAGAGUGCAUUAGUCUGAAGAGUAUACAUUGGAUAGGAAAGAAUUUCCUUCUUUUGUUUCUCCAAAUCUUUCCGCCUUAUUUAGCUUGAGAUCUUUGCAGCUUGGUUCAUGGAUUCUAGCCUUGCCCGUUGCGCAGUAUAUACUGAUCCAGACGAUAAACCAGUGAACUAUGUCAAAAGCACUCUCAAUAUUACAUUUGACAAAAAGUUUUGUACUUUUCACAUAGCUUGUUGCCCCGUAAAAGGGUUAACAGCACAAUUUUUUAAAAAUAAAUUAAGAAGUAUUUAUAGGA